GUGAGUUGGUCAGCUUAAUUUAAUAUUGUACCAUUGAUUUUAACUCCCUAACCCACUCUAUUAGUCCCUCUAUUUAUUCUCCACGAGUGCAGAUAUCUUCCCUUCACUUCCUAACUACCCCUGUCACUCAAGCAAACGUUAGAAAAAUGGCUCUUUUAGGACUUCUGUUAAUGGGAAUUUCCCUCAUGUUUCAAUCUGUCCAUGGCUAUGGUGGUUGGAUCAAUGCCCAUGCCACGUUUUAUGGUGGAGGAGAUGCUUCUGGAACUAUGGGUGGGGCUUGUGGAUAUGGAAAUUUAUACAGCAGUGGAUAUGGGACGAACACGGCUGCGUUGAGCACUGCUCUGUUCAACAAUGGGUUGAGCUGUGGACAGUGUUUUCAGAUAAUGUGUGUGAAUGCUCGACAGUACUGCCUGAGGGGCAGUAUUACAGUGACAGCCACAAAUUUCUGCCCACCAGGGGGUUGGUGUGACCCUCCAAACCACCAUUUUGAUCUGUCUCAACCUGUCUACUUGCGCAUUGCUCAAUAUAGAUCUGGCAUCGUUCCUGUUGUCUACCGAAGGGUACCUUGCAGAAGAAGAGGAGGAAUUAGAUUUACAAUCAACGGCCACUCUUACUUCAACUUGGUUCUAGUCACAAAUGUUGGUGGUGCAGGAGAUGUACACUCAGUGUACAUCAAGGGUUCAAGAACUCAAUGGCAACCAAUGUCAAGAAAUUGGGGGCAAAAUUGGCAAAACAACGCUUACCUUAAUGGCCAAAGCUUAUCAUUUAAGGUUACCACAGGCGAUGGUCGCACUGUUGUUUCUUACAAUGCAGCUCCUAGUUCUUGGUCCUUUGGCCAGACUUUUACUGGAGGACAAUUCCGUUAGAAACCAAAAUAUUUUGCAAAAAUAUCAGAAUCUAAAAUAUUUAAUUUAAAUAUUAUUCUAAGAGUUUGGCCGUAAUUUGAGGGCUUUACUCACCAUAAUUUAAGAAAGAAUUAAAUAUCUUGGAAAAGCGCAAUUUGGCACUUUUUGUCCAUUGUAAAAUUGGCCAUUCAAUUGUGGAAGAAAAAAGAAUUGAUUCGGCCUACUUUUUUUGGGGGUGGUUAUUGACGUUUAGAGAGAGGUAGUUGUGAGCUUUUACUGCCCAACUUAUAGUAUAAUAGCAUUACACUAUUGUGUGCAUAGAAGAAAAAUAUCUACUUUUUAAUUUACUGUAAAAGAGCUAAGCACUAAUUACUAUGUACCAAUUAUCUCUAGCUAUUUGUUUGUAAGGAAAUGUUACUAUAAUAAAAGGAAACUCCAAGUUCUAAUAAUAAUAGUAAUAUUUAUUA